AUGGACCCACCUCGGUCGCGUAAAUCGCGCAAAGGGGACAAGGCUUCCAGCCGUCCGUUUUAUGAGACGGACGGUCCGACAAGUGCAAACAUCGUCUCGGAGGCCAGAUCCUCUCUUCGUUCCCUGGACACAAAAAGGCCUUUUACACCGGUCGAAUCAAACAGGACGCUCUUUGGAGGCAGCUCGUCUAAGCCUUAUGAAGGAAGACCUCCUUCUGCGUUCAGGUAUCGUCAUCUUAAUAUUCUUUGACAGGCAUGCAAUUAUUGUUUACUGUUAUUUGCCAAAUGUCAGCAGAAACUUUUAAAAUUCGAUUAUUGCCAUGUUUAUUAUCAACACUGCAAAGCGCAAGGACUUUUAUCGUAUUUUGAUAAGACCACCUGAUUUAUACAACAGUCCAUUUUGGUUAUGGACACCUGACACGAACUUAAUUAUGUUAACCUUGUACCGCACUAUUGCUGAGGGGAUGUUAAAAGUUAUGCACUUUGCCCGCUAGUGCAAAAUUAUUUUUAUCUACCAGCUAAUCUUUUGUACAGUUUCUUUUUUCGGAUCAUUUUAUUUCUUUGAUAUGAAAAUUUUCGCACACGCAGAGAGUGUUUUUGUGAAUGAGCAUGUACAUAUUGUGAAUUGGAUGUGUGGAGAUGUUCUUAUGAUCUGGAUACUAUUUCAUUGGGAAUAGCAUUUACACUAUCUUGUUGGGAUUUUUAAAAUCAUUAUGGAAGUGCUUAAAACUCAUACUGUAGAGCUUCAAAAGUAGCGACCCCAUUACUUUUGGAGACGGCAACUUAUGGGUGAUUACUACUUUCGUAUAGUUGUUACUUUUGAGUAGCUAAAAUAUGUCUUUUUUUUAUUAAACAAAAUUGACCUCGACCCUUCAGUAAGUAUAAUGUUGCUUAAAUCCUCGGUGAAAACUCUCUGCUUCAUAAAAUUUAUUAUUCUUCAACUUUCAGGAUCAUGUACAGUUUAUCUCAACUGAAAACAUGUUCCAUCUGUGUGAGGCUUGAGAGAAGGGGAUUUCUCUGUCAAUGCAGGGUGCAAAGAAAGUCCGUUUUAUAGCUUGCCAUUUGGGCUAGCUGUAGCUACAACCAGUUACAAAAAUGAACUCUGUGAGGGUGCCCUUUUGCUGGAAAGAACGAAGUUUAGCGAGGACCAGUGUCCAGACAUUUUAUAUUAUGACUGGAGGGAGGAGGGAGGUUAAGUUUCAACAUCCUCCAAGUUUUGAGUAUGGUCUUUGAUUGCUAGCAACUUUGAUAAGGGGUGGAGGGGGGAUCACAAGCACAAAAUCAUGGGCAGGCCAUUUAUGCCAAAAUACGGUACAGUGUCUCAGGUACUUUUGCAACUGGUUGUAGCAGGUACUAGCCCAAAGAUCACUUUAACUAGCCUCAAAAGUUUUUUUAUGAGCAGGUUUGAUUACACAGUUUUUCUGUAAUUUGAAUUCUCAAAAGACUUCACUUGCCCAUCGGGCAAGCUAAGAACAAAAUUCACUAGCCCGAUAGCAAAAUGCUCUAGCCCCAGGCUAAUGGACAGUACUUUCUUUGCACGCUGCAAUGUUUUCUUCAGCUGCAUCUGUUCUUUUCCGAAGAAGACGUUGUACAUGCAAACAAUUUCUGAAUCAAUUCGAAGCUGCUAAUUUGAAUUGGAUCUUCACACACCUGCCUCGGGCAUGAAUAACAGUUGGCAAGUGGCAUUAAUUUAGAUGCCAAACUAACCAAGUAAAAAAAAUUAUGUAUAUUUUAUUGUCAUGCAAUGUACAUUUUCACCUUUUGAAUUUAGUUUGGCUGAAAUAAUGAUCAGAAUCUGAAUCAAUUCAGGCUGCAUAAAUUAAUUUUGGUUGUUCUAAAUUCAUAUUCGUUUCCGCAAGAGUGCUGUACAACAUCUGAACUGGCUCAUAAAUUUGAACAUUAACCAAGAUAAUAGCAAAUGGUCCACACAUAGUGUAUCACACAAAGAUGAAAAUUUGUCAUGAUCAGCAUUAAUAGUUACACAGUAUGUCAUAGCAAUGUUACAACUUCUUAGCUGUUUUACUAGCAGUCAUAUUUCUUUGGCACUGGGAGGUUAUUUUUUCCAAAAUCAAUCAUUUGUUCUUGUUCCUCCAAUAGCUGCCUCAAUGUUGUAAAGCUUGACCAUAUUUAGAUCUAUGUGAGAGUUAUCAACUAUUAAGGAUGAACUUUUAGAUCUUAAAAUACAGCAAAAACUGAACAACCUCAAUGAUUGGCAGAUAUCUCUAAAAAAAGGGCUGUAGAAAUGCAGUUUCACCUCAUAGUAGUUGCAUUCUAUUUGAAAACUUGUGUGAAAAGUUCUUGAGGAUAGCUUUAGGGGUGGUGUUGUGAAAGUAAAAAAUCUUUAUUUGGGAAGAUGAAUAAUAAAUAGAAUUCAGGGCUCUAAAUUAAUGGUAACUUGUUAACCAACGGUUAGUAGUUUCCAAAGUUUGUUACUAAAAUUGAGCCUUAGUAAUCUGACAUGGUUAGUAAAAAUUUCUGUUAUGGAAAAGCUUUUAACAUGUGUUUGUUUUUGCAUUUUUAUAAGCUUGUGUUUUAUCUCAACAAUUUAUUGUUCUAAAAGAUAUGCUUAAAGCAUAUAAAUCAACCAAUAUGAAAACUGUGCAUUUCACAGAACUCUAGGUAACCAGGCUUUUGUUGGAUGGUGAGAUCUGGACACAGCUUUAAGAUGUCUCUGCCAUCUUGCUUGUUUCUGUGUUUGUUUUGUUUUCUUUCGAAAGUGGAUCAUGUGUGUACCUAUUUAUUAUGUAGAUCAAAUGCAGAAGUCCUUGGAUAGUUUUUUCAGAAGAAGGUCGCUGCCCGAAAUUUGUGUAGAAGAAAUGGAAAAUUGAGAAAAACAACAAAGAAGAAGUGUAAUUUCAAACACCACAGAGGGUUUCUAGAGGGUGUGUGAAAAAGAAUGAAAGAUGAGUCUAACAAACAACCUUGUGCAGUGUUUAUUACCUGUCCUCAUGUAACGUAAUUGAAAGGAAAAUCUAAAUGAGCUUUAAAUCGUCUAUAUUUAGCUUAAUUUGAACCAAUCCAUCCAUACAUUAGUUUGCCCCAUUUAUUAGCACUAUUUUCAAUAGUUAAAAUAUUGUUAGUUCAAGAACAGAUUCUAGGAAAAUAAACUCUAUCAUUUUAUUGUCUGGAACAGCAGCUUUUCAAUAAGGUUUUAAAGGGGCUGUGUCACAGCAGUCCAGUUCAUUUUGUUUAAUUUUGCCAAUUACUAGCCCUCAAUUGCUAUGGAACUUAAAGUAAGCAAAGAGAUUACAUGUAAAUGAUAAAAUCAGAGAUCCGAGACAAACGAAUAUGUCUCCUGAGCAUUAUUUUUGAAGUUGCAAGCAGCUGCCGCCAGGGAUCAACCUUGAAAAACUGUUAGGCUGAACAGUUUUCAAAAACCCUAAUUUCAAUCCGUUUCAGUCUUUUUCAGUUUUGCCCAUCCGUGGCAUCUGUUGUUUCUGUUAUGUUAUUUUAACCUUCCUUUAUAGUUUUAGGCCGUUAUUUUUAUGUACCAGUGGUUGUUUCAGUGCCUGUUUUAAAUCGUGUUAUUUGUAAAAACCAAGGAAAAGAAAAGAAGGCGGAGUGUUCAUGUUAAAUAGCCGGCUGCCAGCUCUUAUUGAAAACCCUGAACAACACUACAGAGUAAAUGUGACCACAAUUCACUUUUGGCAGUAUGAUUUUGGGGUGGUCAUUUGGCGAGGUUCCACCCUAUAAUGGCAAAAAGGGAAUUAAUUUUAAUUGUCCUUUGUUGCAGCCUAGGCAGCUACCAGUCUGAGGGGGAAUCCUCUCGUCCUCCAUCAGGAAGAAGACUGACACCCAUAGAUAAUGCUCCCCAGAUAGCUGUUGCUGAUUCAGUCAUACCUUCCCCGCCUUCUGGUCCGGUAAGUUUAAAACUCUUUUUUUUAUGAUAGUGACAUCUCAACACUCAGAACUGUUGCCGGUGUGACCAUAUGAUGAUUGACCCUUUGACCUUUUUAGUGGGCAAUUUUAAGUUAAAAUUCACCAAAAAAUCCUAAAAAAGUGCUUGAGUCUUAUGUAGUUCUAUGAAAAAGGUUCAGAGUUGUUUUCUGUGGUGUGGCUAUAAUAAUGUUAUAUUAUUGCAAUGUAUGUAUUACAUGCAGAACUCAGAAAAUACUAAGAGUAAAGAACAGGAUGAUUAGAAAAGGUUUUGCGUGGCUAUAUUUUUCCUUUCUCUUGUUAUAAGUACUUUUGUCUAAAGGGUAAUCUUAUUCUAGAGUGCAUAAUAAUUUAUACAUGCCUUGGGUGAAUAUGCUAGCAUCAUUAUUAUUAUGAUAAUGUCAAAAAUAAUGUCUAUGGAAAGUUAAGGAAAGUUUUCUGAAAGAACUAAAUGUAAAUAAAAGUCAUGCACUAGAAGUAAGCCUAUUAUAAGUACUGUACUGUUCGUUAAGUAAUGCUGUUGUUCCUUACAGCCCUCAGGAAAAAACAGGAGACCUUUGAGAACAUCUCUAUCAUGUCCAUCUGAGGAGUUAAAUGCUGAGAAACUCAAUCAGAAACUACGUAAUGCUGUCAUUGGUCAGCAGGAAAAAGACUCUCAAAUGGAACUUUGUCCCUCUCCACCCAAAAGAGGAUCUCCUUCAAGAACCUCACCUGUUGGCGAUCCUUUUCGUCGCCAUUCUACAGAUACUUUUCCUGUACCCCCUGCCAUUCCCAGGGAUGUUGUUGGAGCAAGGAGAGUCAGGAGUGGGCCAAAGGAACGUAGCCCACCAGUUGUCGAUUCCGUCACACGUGUUAAGAGUGGUCCUCUGGAGCGUGGGGAUCCUUUUGUAACUUCAAAUGAUGUGUCAGUGGAGCAGACAUCGUCAGCCACGGGGAGGGGAAAGAAAGGAUCUGAGAGAAGUGGAAGUGGGGACAAACGGAAAAAGACUAAAGGAACUCAGCAGGAGGAUGAUAAACCAAGGGAUGAACUAGUUAUGUAUUAUGAGGAAAAUGUCAAGCCUCUAUUAUCACAAAUGGAACAGAGAUUUGCAGAGAGAAAUGUUAAGGACCUUUGUCAAGAUUGUUUGAAACUUUGGAAUGCACUUGAAAAAAGAGGCCUUAUUGGAAAGGCCAGUGGGAGUUUCUCGGCAAGGAGGAGAGGGGAGAUUUUACGGACAGUCUUCAAGUUUUUGGAUCUCAGUGAUCCAAGGUUAUUGCUAAGACUUGGCAAGUUAAUUCUUUCGGUAAGUACUGCGUGAGAAAAAACUGAUGUAACUAUCAGGAUGGGUAAUCUUUAUGAAAAAUGAAAUUGCCGUACACGAUGUAUUUAGUGGAUUUGGGACCCUUCCUUUCGGGGAAACUGUAGAAAAACUGCAAAAAACAUAUAGUAUGAGAGUUGCUUAAGGUAAAAAGGCAAAAAUAACUAUUAAAUUAAUGGUAACUAAUAUAAUUAUUUCAAUCAUCUAUUUAUUAUUUGUUAAUUGAAUAUUUGUUUAAUAAUUAUUAAUUUAGAGAAAUCUAGGCAUUAGGUCUCCUGGAGAUAGGAAACUAAGGUUGUGCACUAAGAAAAACAACUAUUGUAGUGAUACCGAAAGCUCUUGAUGUUGAAUGAAUCCAGGAUGCCAAUCAUUGAAUUUUUCAACUAGAAUUUCCUUGUCUCUGAGAAGGAAAGGGAAUUUCUUGGGGUCACCAACAUUGCCAGAGCUUUUCCCUGCAAACCUGCGUUUGUUUCAAACAGUCAGUCACUAAACUUAGGGAGUGUUCAAUUGACCACAUUCUUUAAUAAAUGGAAUAUACUCUAGAAAUCAUUUGUUUUGGCAUUCAUUGCAUUGCAGUAUAUUGAAGUCUGCUUGAAAUAAUUUAUUCCAAUGUUUGUAGCAUUUAGAUGGUCCAAAAGUCACAGUACAAGAGAUUUGUAACAAAACUUUUGCGUGUUCUUAUUCCAGAACAUGAUCAAUUGCGUGCACCCUAAGUUUCCAAUUUCAUUUAUUUGACAUUUUAGAACAUACCAGUACAACAUGUGUUACCAAAUUAAUUUUUUCUGCAACAAAGCGCGGAGUACAACGUAGAUGUAAAUAACAGUCAGUUUUCAUGAUAUGUUAAUCAAAGUUUUUUGUAUGUCAUCUAUAUUACAGAUGAAAGUCACUGGAAACAACUUAACAAACAUAUGUAUGGUUGUGUACAGAGUAGCAAAAACAGAAAAGAAUGAUCAGCUGUUUCUUGAAGAGGAUAUUUUAAGUGAGUAAGGUGGACUCCUCUGAUAGAUGAACAGACUGUUAAUGCAGGUCCCCAAUUUUGAUCAUUGAGUUAUAACCUUAGUACAAGUGACACAGUUAUCUAAAUUAUGGAAAAUGUGCUAUUUAUUAUCAAAGAAAAAAAAACGUAAUUGUUAAAUUUUAAAUUUUUGUUGUUGUCUUUUGGACUCAAAGUGCAGGUGCAAUUUAUAGAUAAUACUUCUUUGAUACAUUUUGCACAUUUUUACUAGGUUCUAAAACAUGGCACAAAAUGAUUUUUAUCAAUAACAGGGCUCUCAAUACGAUUUCAAGUUGCCGGGUAAAUACAACAAGUAGCUAGGCAGUGAAUCAAACUUCUAGGGAGUUCUUUUGGUUUUAUUUUUAUUCCAUUUUCCUAUGAAAGAAGCCAGGGAACCAUGUUCAUAGUAGCUGGGGGAAAUUCUCCGGCCCCCUGCACUUACUGACAGCCCUAAAUCAAAGUGGUUGACAGUAAAAAUAGGUCCAAGUUUAUACUAUGUUACCUUGCACACAGGUGAAAACCUAUAGAUUUUGUAUAAAGAGAUUUUUUGAUGUUAAUCAAUGAUUAAAUUGUUGGGUCAAUUUUAUUAUCUCUGAUUGUCGCUUAUGAAAUCUCAGCCAAUUCCUAGCACUCCUACAACGUCGUUAUUAAUUACCACUGAUAGUUGCCUUAAUUUCGGGGUUGUGCAGUUGAACUUUUUUGUUGUAAUUUCUUCUUUGCGUUGCCCUUCUUUAGAAUGUUUGGUAGACACCAUAAAGAGCUGUGAGAUAGGCAGCCAUCACGAUGCACUUGUAUACACAGCAGGAGCCAUGAAACAUCUCUCUAGCAACAAUCCCACAACUCAAAAGGAACUGGUUUCUCUUGAGGCAAUAGAGGGUUUGGCAGACAUUCUUGAUGCCAUCAGUAAAGAUGUAAGAGCGUCUAUGGACUUAACUGACAGCUUAAUCAUUAUUAAUGUGAAACUUGUUCUUCAACACCAACUAACUUAUUGUUAUAAAUAAAUGUUUCAGGUGCUGAUGACUAUGAAGGGAAAUUCACAGUUCACCAGUUUGCUUGUUCAGGUGAGACAAAAUUUUCAUUAAUUACUUCUUUUCAUGCCUACUCUCUAACAGGAUAUUAUGUUUACCAUAAUUUAUUUCUUUUUUGUAUUAUUAUUAUUAGUUCUUAAAUCAAUAUUGCUGCUCUUAACUUAAACAUCACACUCACUGCAACAAGAGUUAUGUUAUGGCUGAUCUCACUGUCUUGAUGUUAUAGGUGAUCAAAGUGGCAUGCUAAAGAUAAAACUUUAAAUUUUUUUGUGUGAUUUUUUGUGUGGUUAAAUUAUUAUUUCCUACAGCUGAUUCAAAACUUAAUGACAGCCUGGAGAUUUGAUAUAAAAUGGGGCUGAUUUAAAGAUCUUCUGAGUUAUGUAUGCAGUUGACAAAAAAAGGGGAAACAAAAUCAAGCUUGGAUGCAAUAGGAUUUGAACUCAUGACCCUGCAAUACAGGUCCAGUGCUCUUACUGAGCUAUCAGGCCAACUGGAAGGUGCUCACUUUGUGAGUUUUAUGUGCAGUAUACCUGUAGAGAAGAAAAUAUGAAGUGAGGUGAUUAGAUGGCUGAGGGUGGCUUACCAUACUAGCCAGUGAUUUUGGCUGGCCACUUUUUGGGCUAAUAUGAAUGUGCAGUUAUUGUGGUGUAAACGUCAAGUUAUUUCUUCCCCUGCAGGUAACUGGGGCUCUAAGGAAUCUUGCUGAUGUGACAGGUGCUGUGGAGACGUUCAUCAACACUGGUGUUGUAAGAAACUUGUCCAUUGUCCUUGGACCGUACUCAUCCGAUAGUGACGUGGUGUGGAAUGUGUGCAGAGCUUUAAGGUACAAAAUAUAUGAUGUGUCUUUGUGUGGUUUUAGGCAAUACCUGCUUCACCCCUUCAAAGGUGAAAUUCUUGGAAGUGGGAUCUCCCUGCAUGUUUCUGUUGGGAAUUUAUACUUCUGAAAGUCAGAACCUUAGUCACAGAAUCUUAUCGUUUUUGCUGUAGUGAGUGAACUACAUUGUUGCAUGACUUGUUCUUUUAAUUUUUAUUUCAGUAAGUUAACGCUGUACACUGAAUGCUGCAUUGAACUGUCAGAGUCCUGCACUUGGCUUCAAGCUCUGCGGAAGAUCUUAGCAGAUUACGAAAAGAAGCAAGUAAGUUUGAAGCGUUGGCAUUGGUUUGCAAGCUGUUUGACUAUUCCAUCGUAUUAUUUCGGUUACUGCAUAAUUAAUCACUGUUGUCUGAUCUUACUGCUUUUGAUGAAAUGCUUUUGUCACUGAGAGCAUUAUUUGGAAUUCUACAGGCCUGAGUUGUUCUAAAGGUGGAUAAGUAAAUGCGAUACACUGGAUAAUGCAAUAAUGGUUUCCUUAAUACUUAUCCAAUUGGAUAGUGAUUUGUCCGCUGGAUAGGGCUAACCAAGGUUUGAACGACUCAGGGCUUCUGACAUUUCGCGCGGUCGCGGACCCGCGAAAUUCAGGUAUUUCCGCGAAAUACCGCGAAAUUCCCCCAAAAACGCGAAAUACCGCAAAAUCCGCCAGAAAUAUUUCCAAAUACAUGCGGGCAAAACAUAUUUAAUACUUAUCUUGGCUAUUAGACCUGUUUUAUUCACCCCAAACGUCCAAAUUUAUCCGGAAACUUCGUCACUGCAACGAGUAAACAACAUCCCAAAACUACCAGGUGUUCUUAGAUUAAUGUUGCGAAAAACUGGGCACUAACCAUAAUGUUAAUAGCUUUAGCAUUCGCUCAUUUCUUGAGCGAACUGUUGUUGAAAGAGCAAAUGAUUAUCCCUGUUAAAAAAAACGUUUAGAAUGCUGGUCAUAUCAACGCAAAAUUGAUCGAUUUUAGCGAAAUUUGCCAAAAAAAAACCAAGCGAAAUUGGCUGCUUUUUACUGAUUGUUUCUUGGCGAAGUUUCCCCCCGAGAUUUCCCGUGAAAUCGGCCGAUUUUUCUAAGAAUUUGCCCCUGAAAAUCCUUCGAAAUUUGAUUUUUUUCCCCUAAAAUCCCGCGAAAUUGGCCAAUUUUUCUGCGAAUUUGCCCGUGAAAAUCCUUCGAAAUUUGAUUUUUUUCUGCUAAAAUCCCGCGAAAUUGGCCAAUUUUUCUGCGAAUUUUGACUUUUCUCCCGCGAAAAUCCUGCGAAAUCGGCCAAUUUUUCCGCGAAUUUGCCCGUGAAAAUCCCGCAAAAUUUUGCUUUUUUUUUCCGCGAAAUAUCAGAAGCCCUGACGACUGGGGCCAGAUGUAUAGCUAAUCUGAUGCAGUGCUCCAUAAUAUUUGUUUCUUUUAUUAUUAUUUUGCAGGAGUUAGUCGUCCGAGUCUGUUUUAUUUUGGGGAACUUGGCAUCCAAGAGUGAGGAUGUUAGAGAUGCAAUUUUCUUUGAUGAUUCCUUCUUAGAAGUGAUACUAUCUGUGAUGCAGACAUACUUCAACUUUGAAAUGGAGGUUAGGCAUCUUAAUUCAUUCGACAUACAUAUUUGUUUUAAAAAUUAUGUUAUUGUCCUCUCCUGUAAGGAGCUUUUUGGGGUAAUCAAUGCAACCAUUACAAACAAGUAUUUAUAAUGAAACAUAUAUGUAACAAGUUUAUUCCAAGGUUCUAUUAAACUGGCAUGUAUGAAGGAGGUAGAUAAGCUGGUUAUUGUGCAGUUCAGCAAGUGAACUGGAGCCUUUUGAGAAAUGACAACUACAUUUUUUGAGGGAGGAACUGAAGAAGUUGGGAAGUCUUGUGCCCUGAUUCUGACUCUCUUAUAUUUAAUGUUAAGUAGAUUUGUCCGUGUUACAGCCAGCUAAACAUCCUUGACUUAUGUGACAGGUCAUAUUUCCUUUGUCUUCUAUGGCUUGGAGACAAAGGAAAUUGAGAAUCAACCUAUUAAGGUAGUAAAUUAACCUGAAAUAAUCAAAUUUGACCUGUAACAUGUAUUAUUGUAAAGUCAGCAUGUAAGUUAGAUUAAGUGUUGUAACUAGUUAUUAUAAUAGAGCGGUUUUCAUUUGAGUGUCGAAAAGUAAUUGGUUUUGCACUUUCUACACGAUGCGAUUGGCUUAAAAGAUUCGCGCCACCUUUUCAUCCAAUCAGAAGUAAAACCAAAGCCAAUUGUAAUUUUCCCGCGCUUUGCGUCAGCCACGUGUAAUUACUUCGAGUUUUGAUUGGUUCAAUGUAUUGUCUGUGUCCUAUGUGAUUGGCCAGAGUAAUUACUUUGGUUUUGGUUUUACGACACUCAAACGAAAACCACUCUAAAUAAUGUAAUAUAAUCAUUGUUCCUGAAAAGCCCGUUUGUAUGUAUGUAUGCAUGUAUGUAUGUUCACUGAAUUCCCAGAGACAACUACAUUGGGAAGUGUUUGUGGUCAAUAUUGGCUCGAUGUAUUUAUUUAUUUUUUAAUUAAUUAAUUAAUUUGUUUUUAAACUACCAAAGGAGUUAAAAAAUGGACCAUCAUCUGAGCAAAAACAACUAAAUGGAGAAAACAAAGGUCCCAGCAGAAAUGAGGAUGUUCUCAUCAAGGUGGCUAUUACUUAGUAUUUUCUUUCCUCUCAUUUUCUUUCAAUUAACAUAAAUUCAUCUAAAUUUUGUUCUACCUUUUCUUUCUGCAAUAUGUUUUUUGUUCAAAACGAAGGAAUUGAAUGAGAACAAUCUUUGUAAACUACGUUUGGUAUAACUGUGAAAGUUUGAACCCAGAAAAGAAAGCUGGUUUACUAACUUAGAACAAACCCCACUGAAUCGUAGUCAACAGUUACUGGCACUGCAGGGCUGUCAAAAAGUUUUUAAAGAGCAGGCUGAAAAUGAAUAGUAGGCGGUUUUGGAACUCAAACCAAAGGCACAAGUUCUUGAGGGCCGAGGCAUCUAGGGACAUUCUGAAGAUUAGAGUCUCGGAAAUGGCGUUUCCAGAGGUUUUCAAGAGGUAUUUUUAACUGCGAACACCAUCGUGUUUCGUCAGAAUACACAAAAGACUGGGAACAAUGCCAUCGAAAUGUCCAAGGCAUACCAAGACAUCGCAUGCUUCGAACGUUUUACAGAUCUAAGCCUGUUAGAAUAUACGUUCAAUGUCAUUCAAAACUGGGAAAUGGAUGCUGUACAAUUUUUUUUCAAUGGUGCUUAUUUUUUGUUAGCAUUAUGGUAGAUAAGGAGAUGAAAGUAGCUGGCUAAAGAGCGCUAACUAGCCGGCAGUUUUGGCCGGCCACUGGCCCUUAUUCAGGGUUGUCAUUAAGAGCCGGGGGCCGGGGAUUUUCCCCGGCUACUAAGAGAGUGGCCCCCGGCUACUUUUAUUGGAAAAUAGAAGAAAAAUAGAACCAAAAGAGAUCCCUAGCCGUUUGAUUCCCCACCUACUUGUUGUAUUUACCCGGCAACUUGAAAUCUUAGUGACAACCCUGCUUAUUGACAGCCCUUUACUGUACAAACAACUUAUUGAUUGAAUCAAAAUUAAGUGUGAGAGAAUGACUGGACAACUGACAAUUUGACUAAGAAUAAACAACUGGUUACCAUGACAAUAGGUGGAUCGAAGUGCACUAAUGACAUUAUGAGGCUUCAUAGCCUAUAACAUCAUGGCUUACCUGACAGGCGCCUAGUAACUUUGCGACUUAAUCGACCAUUAGGUCAAUAAUCAAUAACCAGAGUUCAAUACCAUCAACUGACGUGAUACAACUCAUUUUGACUACCUCACAGGUUGUUGAAAUGUCAUUCACUGUCAACAACAGUCCCACGUUCAGGACUACGUUCACCCAGACGAUCAUACUCAACCUACUUAUGAUAUGUUUGGUAUAUGUGUUACUUUCAGGCUGUCAGAGUUAUUGCAAACUUGUCCAUCAGUCCAGAGGCAGGAGCUGGUUUGGCUGCCAGUGAACACUUAGUUGAUCUUCUAAUUCAUAUACUUGGUACGUAGAAUGGCAUUAAACAUUAACUUUGAUUAUUAAACUGGUCAACUGUUCAUGAUGUAGUUGUGUAACUGUUAAUCAUAGUUUUGAAAGUUAAUUCAAUUUUGUCACUGGGUGGGUGAACAAUGUUUCCCCAUUUGGCUUUCUGAAUAAAGUGUUAGGAGAAGAUAGUGUGUUAAGAAGGGGCUGGUAGAGUAAUAAGGAAUUUACUUUGAGAGAGAAUGAGAGAAAGUGAAAGGUUCUCCAGGUAUAAGCCAACAUAAACACUUUUUGGAUAACUCAGAGUCACUUCCUUCAGCCUCGAUGACAACAAUCCCCGAAUACUGAAGUUCAUGAGAUUUUUAUGAAGCAUGUUUUCACAGGGAUGUGAUCUUGACAAUAACCUGUUUGGUGUAUCAUUUUUUAUUGAAUAUUUCAGAGGUGAAGGAAGCAUCCCACAGUGAGGAGCUUGUUCUUAAUACAGUAUCAACUCUCAACAACCUGUCAUUUUACAAUGAUGCUGAAAGUAUUGUGCAACAGAGACAAGUACAGAUUACUGAAAGUAACCCUACUAUUUCUAUCUUUGUUUUAAAGAAUAAUUGUCUCUAUUCUUGAUUGUUUACUGAGUGGUUAGCCUGAGGAAAUGGCCAACAUUAAUUUUUGCAACAGCACCACUGGCUUUCCCUGUAAUAUAACGUCUGAGGAGCAAGCGCAGAAAUUCCAUACUGAUGACUUGUCCCUGCCCUGAUGCCGAUUGGUUGAAGCAAUUUUUUCAACUAAUCAGAAGCACUACCUAGAUCAUGGUAGUGACGUGCCAUCAGUAAGGAAUUUCUGCGCUUCUUUCGUUUCUCACUCGUCAUCUUAUAGAGAAACCAGUGGUGGUGUUUUGAAAUGUCAGAUGUUUUGUCAGGCUGCUGGGUGGUGUGCCAUAUUCUUUUUUAGAAAAAGUUUGCAAUAUAGCAUAACAACCUGUUAGCAAUUUUUUUCCAUCUCUUCGGUGGGGAAUGUGAGACCAGUUUUGUUCAGAAAUGUUUUAUUUCCUUUUCUAUCUUGUUUUAGUGCUUAUUUCUUUGCUGAUGCCAGAGAAUAUGGAUGCCAUGGUGGAAGCCAGUCGAGUAUUUGGUAAUUUCUCACGAUCCAAGGAAGUCAGAACUUUGCUUGCUGAACAUAAAGGUAGAAUAUUAAUGGUCUAGACCCUAUAAUUUAACUCAAAAUAUUAUUUAUAAAUACAUAAUUAUAUAAAGCAUUGUUUCAUAAAAUUAUAAAGUGAUGCAUAACAUAUAUGUUUGUGGGGCAAGGGUGGUACAGUUGGUUAGUGUGCAGCCUAUGGUACGCAAGGUCCCGAGUUUAAUCCCCGAUGACAGCACAUCCUUAUUUCAACUUCUUUCCUUUCUGAGAAUUUUUAAAAACUAUCUUUAAAUGCCCUUAAAAAGGAGCAUUGAUGGAGAGAAGGGGUAAAAUGAGUGCACCAUUGACCUCAUGUCUAUCAGUUGAAUUACUGUCACAAGUUAUUGAUAUAAAAUAUGGUCGCUUUACCUUUUUCCCCAUUAAGAGAAACAUUGCAAAUAUUGUUACCCUAUUGUAAGCAGGAAACCCCAAAACACGUCUUUAUUGGGCAGAAUAUACACUAUGCAGAUCAAUUAAGGUUACUGGGAAACUGCCCACCUACCCCUCCCCUGAGCCAACAUUAACACCUCUCACUUAGAGAAAAUCUUAGCUUAGGGGAGAGGUAGGUGAACAGUUUCCCAGAAACCUAAAGUGAUCACACUAGACAUACCCCACAUAACGGUAGGUAUUUGAGGGCGUACCCAAAAGAUCAAGACGUUUUACAAUGUGGGUUGAUUUGUGCAUGUUUUUUGCUGUUGGUGUAGUUGAUGAGAUCAUGAUAGCUUUGCUGGAUGCUGGUGAAAGAGAAACUGUGUUUACUGCAUGUGGUGUACUCAUCAACCUCAUGAUCGAUGAAGAAAUAAAACCCAAGUUAAAACAAGAAGAUGGAAUAAAAAAGUAA